AUGUUUCAGUUGAUAGCAAGCUUGGCUCCGAGUUUUCUUCUACUUGAUUUGGGCAUGGCUAUUAGUUUCGGCACCAUAGCAAUACCUAGUCUUCUCAACGCGCCUGAAGGUAUUUCCCUCAAUGAUAAUCAGGCCUCAUGGUUUGGUAGUCUGUCAUUCUUAACUCAACCUAUAGGGGCCCUGAUAUCAGGACCUGUCGUGGACUACUUCGGUAGAAAAAAGGCCACGUUUAUAGUAAAUAUUCCCCAUGUAAUAGCAUGGAUUCUUAUGUAUUAUGCGUGGAAUAUACCCAGCUUGUUUGCAGCAAAUGCACUGUUGGGAAUUGGAACAGGAGUAAUGGAGGCACCAAUCAUGUCGUAUGUUAGCGAAAUCAGCGAUGCAUCAAUCCGUGGAACCCUGUGUACGAUAACACAAUUGUUUCUAUCCUUUGGUGUAACUGGAUUGUAUGCUUUGGGUGCUGUUGUUAACUGGAGAAUUGCAGCUCUUAUUUGUCUUAGCGCUCCGGUAACUACUAUGCUUUUAGCAAUAAUCGUGGUACCAGAUACGCCAGUAUGGUUAUUGUCUCAAGAGAGAGAGAAAGAAGCCUUAAAGUCACUUUGCUACCUUCGAGGGUGGACUAAACCCGAGAAUGUCAGUGAAGAGUUCGAAGAACUUGUUAACUAUGCAAAAGCUUUAAAUCAUUGUGUAAUAUGUAUGUAUGAACAAAAUGGUGAAAUUCAAGAAAAGGCGGAAACUAGUUGCGAACACGAUAAAAUGACUGUAAUAAAGAGGUCCUUUUUAAGGUUCAAAAUUGUAAUGCUCUGUAAAGAGACGUUACGACCAUUAUUCUUCUGCUUAUCAUACUUCUUGUUCUUCAUCAUGAGUGGUUUGUAUCCCAUCAAGCCAUACAUGGUGAACGUGUGCAAAGCAAUGGGCAUGGCUGAAAAUAUUGAUAGAAUUGUGGUAAUGGUGGGUGUAUUUACAUUCUUAGCAAGUAUUUUAGUCAUUGGCUCCAUCAAGGUCCUUGGUAAAAGAAAGAUUGGCAUCUUUGCAAUGUUUGGAACGGCCGUCUGUUGUACGGGCCUUGCUUUCUACUCUUACACACAUUUGGAAGACAAUGUCUUCUCCUACGACCCCAGCAGCUACCCAAAAGAGAAAAGUGUAGUACCUUUAAUUUUCUUUUACGGACUUACAAUCUUCAGUGGUAUGUGUCUGCCCUGGAAUUUACUUGGAGAAGUUUUUCCAUUCAGGAGCCGUGCUUCCUGUCAGGGGAUUGCUGCUGCAUGGGCCUACCUGAUCACAUUUCUUGGCGCUAAAACUUUAAUAGACUUAGAAAGAAGAUUUAGGUUAACCGGUGUAUUUGUAACGUACGCCAUAUUUGCCUACUUUGGCACAUUUUUCCUUUAUUUCUUAAUGCCUGAAACAGAAGGUAAAUCUUUAACAGAAAUAGAAACAUAUUAUAAUGGUAACUUUAAGAUAUUUGCCGACGAUUGGUUGAUUAACAAAUGUAAGAAACGAAAAGGAAAAAGUAGGUAA